AUGAGCCUGAACAUCGCUCCGAAGCAGCUUGCGGAGGACGAAUCUCGGUUUGUAUCGAAAGUCGGUACCACGGUGUUCCAUGAUGCAUUGGUGGAGUUCAGCAAGGACCCCGCGGAGGAGAUGUCCAGCGAAGAAGAUGAGGUGGGGGAGAACCAGCCAAUGAAGCCAAUGUCCGACUCAGAAGAUGAGGCGCGGGAGAAACAGCCAAUGAAGCCAAUGUCCGACUCGGAAGAUGAGGCGCGGGAGAAACAGCCAAUGAAGCCAAUGUCCGACUCGGAAGAUGAGGCGGGGGAGAAACAGCCAGUGAAGCCAAUGCCCGACUCAGAAGAUGAGGUGCAGUCUUCUGCAAAAGAUCCGGUGCCUCGCGCCCACUUGAUGUAUGCUUAG